AUGAACCUCAUCAAUACUUCAGACCAAGCGUUCAAUUCCGGCAUGUUCACUCGUAACGAGACGGUGAACACGUCGGUUACUCAUGGCUUUGAAGAUCUUAUCACUUAUCAUAUUGUGAAUACAUCACUUGGAGCCAUUUCGACGCUUGUGAAUACUCUUCUAAUGAUCAUUUUUCUUGGUUAUCGACCUUUUAGGACACGAUAUGUGCUACUAAUUCUGCUCAACGUCGGUGAUCUUAUAAACAGCAUGGCAAUUGUGCUGACCGGACUGAACAGAAUUGAAUUGUACUCUACUGCAAUUCGAACCAUGACUCUCCCAGUUCGUACUUCUGUCGAAUGCGCCAUCGAACCAUGGCUUAUUUUGAAACUUAUUGGAGAUAUUCUCAUCCCAGUCUCAACAUUCUGGAUGGGUGUCGAACGACUUGUCGCUAUUCUUUUCCCAAUUUUCUAUCGUUUUUCUGUAGAUGGAAAAGCAGUAAAAUAUCUGGUUGUCCCAGGACUAAGUCUUCUCUUUGUAUUCUGUUCGAUCUGUGUCGCGUUUUAUCUUGCUUUUUCUGAAAAUCAUCUUACAAGUUUCUAUUGCGGUAGAAAAGCUGCAUUUGGAGAAGGAUUUGGUACAUUCAUUUACUGUUGUAAUAUAACAUGCAACGUGGCGAGUACCAUUUUUGCGACAGCUGCAUACUUCAAAGCAUUGAAUCUUUCAAAGACACAACCCCGAAUGCAAAGACAAGUGAAUGUUAUCAGAUAUUACUUGCUCAUUUCUGUGCUCUCAACGCUUUUGGUGUCACUUCCAAACACCAUCGCCUUAUUCCAACUAUACGUAGAAAAAGUGAGUGACAGUCUUUCAAAACCUGCAUACUGGAUGCAGACAAUCAACAGUGGUAUUCACUUUUUUGUGUAUUUGGCACUGAACAAAGAGUUCCGAGCGAGAACUUUUCGAAUGUUCAAAAUGGUUCAUUCCGAAGAAAUGUCACUGUCGAAGAAACAAUCUCCAGACGGAUGUGAAACUCCUCUCCGUGGGUCAGCAAAGGCACUAACUGCGAGAACAGGAUAGUUCUCAAAAUACAACCUUUACCUUCAGUUUUUAGUGCUCAUUUGAUAUAGUUUUUAAUUUAUUAAUUUUCUUUCCAAAAUCGAAAUCGAUCUCUUCUGACCUGUAUUUUAGUUCAAAGUGUACAUUACACUGGUCUCAUUGCUUGUGAUUCAUCAUCUGUAUUUUCAUCCUGUUGUUGUCAAAAUCCGUCACAAAUAAAAUAUUUAUAUGAGGAAUU